GGGCCCGGCCCCGGGCGCCCGCAGCCCCGCCCCACCCCGUCCCGCGGCGUCCAGGCGGGUCCCGUCCCGCCGCGUCCGGCCCGCGCGCUCGUCGCACCCUUCCCGGCUGAGGCGCUAUCCGGUAGUCUCCGAGCAGCCAUGGCUCAGCACUUCUCCCUGGCCGCCUGCGACGUGGUCGGCUUCGACCUGGACCACACUCUGUGUCGCUACAACCUGCCCGAGAGCGCCCCGCUCAUUUAUAAUAGCUUUGCUCAGUUCCUAGUUAAGGAGAGAGGGUAUGAUAAGGAAUUGCUCAAUGUGACCCCAGAGGAUUGGGACUUCUGUUGCAAGGGUUUAGCACUGGAUCUAGAAGAUGGGAACUUCAUUAAACUUGCAGAUAAUGGCACUGUGCUCAGGGCGAGCCACGGCACCAAGAUGAUGACUGCCGAAGCCCUGUCAGCGGCCUAUGGCAAGGAGGAGUGGAAGCACUUCGUAUCGGACACGGGAAUGGUUUGCCGCUCAGGAAAGUACUAUUUUUAUGAUAAUUAUUUUGACCUGCCAGGAGCUCUUCUAUGUGCCAGGGUGGUGGACUUACUAACAAAGCAGAACAAUGGUCAAAAAACAUUUGAUUUUUGGAAGGAUAUUGUUGCUGGUAUACAACAUAAUUAUAAAAUGUCAGCUUUUAAGGAAAACUGUGGAAUGUAUUUUCCAGAAAUAAAAAGAGAUCCAGGCAGAUAUUUACACAGAUGUCCUGAAUCUGUCAAAAAGUGGCUUCACCAGCUAAAGAAUGCAGGCAAAAUUCUUUUGUUAAUUACCAGUUCUCACAGUGAUUACUGUAGACUACUCUGUGAAUACAUCCUUGGGAAUGAUUUUGCAGACCUUUUUGAUGUUGUGAUUACAAAUGCAUUGAAGCCUGGUUUCUUCUCCCAUCUACCAAGUCAGAGGCCUUUCCGAACACUUGAGAAUGAUGAGGAGCAAGAGGCCCUGCCGUCUCUGGAUAAACCUGGCUGGUACUCCCAGGGGAACGCUGUCCACCUCUAUGAACUUCUGAAGAAAAUGACUGGCAAACCUGAACCCAAGGUUGUUUAUUUUGGUGACAGCAUGCAUUCGGAUAUUUUCCCAGCCCGUCACUAUAGCCAUUGGGAGACAGUCCUCAUACUGGAAGAACUCCGAGGGGACGAAGUUGUGAGGAGUCAGAGGCCUGAGGAGUCAGAGCCUCUAGAGAAGAAAGGAAAAUAUGAGGGACCAAAGGUAAAACCUCUAAAUAUCUCAUCUAAAAAAUGGGGCUCAUAUUUUACUGAUUCAGUUUCGGGACUGGAAAACACAGAAGAUUCCUUGGUUUUCACAUGGUCUUUUAAGAGAGUCGGUACUUACAGUACUAUCGCAAUUCCAAGUAUUGAAGCAAUUGCAGAAUUACCUUUGGACUACAAAUUUACAAGAUUCUCUUCAAGCAAUUCAAAAACAGCUGGCUACUAUCCAAAGCCUCCCUUGGUCUUAUCAAAUGAUGAGAUGCUGAAAACCAAAUAAAACUUCUUUACAAUCGAAGUGCAGAACUACAUAUGUAGCAAAUGUACUGUAAAAAAAAAUGUUAAUUUUUAAAAAAUACUUUAAUGCUUUAGUAAAAUCCUUUAUAGAAAAAAGUUUGUAAUGAAAAUUGACCAAGAAAUUGAUAUUUGUCCAUAGGUCUCCUUUCUAUAUAUCAUCUUAAUGUUUAACAACUCUUAUUAAAAUUCAGAAUUAAAAAGAAUCUUAUUAAUAUUUUGUAUACAACUAGUUUUGAGAUUAGAAUCCAGUGAGGAGAGAUACACAAACACACAGACACACACAUAUUUACAUAUUGGUGUGUGUAAUUGGACUAAGCCUAGUC